GAGACCAUGGUCCGUCCGGCGUGGUUCGCUUUCCUGUGCUGCGUCGCCCUCGGUUCUUCCCGAGGGAGCGAUCGGCCCAACUUCGUCUUCUUCGUGGCCGACGACUUGGGCAUCGGCGACGUCGGGUGCUUCGGAAACGACACAAUCCGAACUCCACAUAUCGACAGGAUAGCUGCUAAGGGGGCCAAGUUAACCCAGCACCUGGCGGCCGCUGCCGUCUGUACCCCCAGCAGAUCGGCCUUCCUCACCGGGCGGUAUCCCAUCAGAUAUGGAAUGGUUGGGACGGACUUACCACUAGCUUUUGUACAGUUGGCCAUUCCAUCCGGGUUACCGAGGUCGGAGGUCACUUUUCCACAACUGGCAAAGGCUCAUGGGUACAGAACAGCAUUACUAGGAAAAUGGCAUCUUGGUCUCAACUGUGCAUGGGCAGGCGACCACUGUCACCAUCCUAGCAACUUCGGUUUCGACUACUUCUACGGGCUCCCUCUAACCAACGGCUUGGACUGCGAUCCAGAUGUGACAGUAACAGUAGGACAGUACAUCGCAAUGUUGCUCUAUCGACAUCUGCGCUUGUGGGAGAUUUCAACAACAAUUUUCGUCGCCAUCUUGGCUCUCAAAUACUUCAGGUACAUCCAAUGGAAAACUGUGUUUCUGUUGUCCGUAUUUGGUUGGUCGCUUGUAGCGUAUCCACACUUAGCUCUGACCAAUGGAAGACGGUUAAACUGUGUGAUUAUGAGAGAUGACGAAAUCAUAGAAAUGCCGUUCAAUGUUUCUACGAUUACGCCUAGGAUGACCCUUGAAGCUGUUAGAUUCUUGGAAGAAAGCAAAAAAGAACCCUUCUUGUUGGAAGUCUCGUAUUGGAACGUCCACACCGCCCAACUUCCUUAUAUGGAGUUCCGCGGGAGAAGCCGCCACGGUCUCUAUGGCGACGCCGUGGAGGAGAUGGAUUGGAGCGUCGGGGUCGUCAUGGCAACGCUAGAACGCCUCGGUCUCACGGAGAACACGUUUGUGUACUUCACGUCGGACAACGGCGGCCAUAUUGAAACGGGGGUCGAAGGAGGGUCAAACGGCAUAUACAAGGGAGGCAAAGGACAGGGAGGUUCUGAAGGAGGGAUUCGUAUGCCUACACUUGUGCAGUGGCCAAGGAAGAUCAAGCCCGGCACUGUGGUGUCCGAAGCAACAAGUCAAAUGGACAUCUUCCCAACGGUAGCUGACAUCCUGGGGACGCCGCUUCCUCAGGACAAGGUGAUAGACGGGCGCAACAUCAUGCCGUUGCUAGGUGGGGCCGCAGUGACGUCACCUCACGACGUGCUGUUCCACUACUGCAGCGAAUAUCUGCACGCGGUCAGGUACAGGCCAAGAGAAGGAAAUGUCACAUGGAAAGCCCACUUUGUUUCUUACAACUGGGACCCGGGUACCACAGGCUGCUACUCACUGCGCAUCUGCCGGUGCGCAGGUCAAGAGGUCACCUACAACGAUCCGCCAUUGCUGUAUGACGUCACCAACGAUCCAGGUGAAGAUCGACCAAUCAGCGAUCCUAGAUACCCUGUCGUCAUGGGCGUCAUCAAUAAAGCAGUGGAAGAACAUGUCAGGUCUCUGACUGAAGAAGAAAAGCAAAUCGGUCUGUCGAAUUUCAUUCCUCGUCCAUGGCUACAGGAAUGUUGUAACUUUCCUUUCUGCGACUGCAAAGAAGAUGUCGACUUGUCAUCUCUUGAAAUCGGUGGACAAUCAUGAGCUGUACCUAAAAUGCCCAAGUAAUUGUUUCUCUUUAAUCUGGCCAUGUUGAUUUGAUUAUUUAGAUGACAUGUGCGCGCGCAUUAAUUUUCGUCUGUUG